ACUCCCGGAUAUAUUAUAAGUAUCCUCUUAACUGUUGCCAUAUCUUCAUUGCUGUUCGAGCGAAGCAGACUCACAGAAUAUUUCUGAGACAGAAAGACUUCAAGCCAGUAUCAAAACCCAAUAACCAACCCUGCUUUCAUGUAAAAAUUAGUGAAUUUUGAAGAGAUAAAUUGUAUUCGAAAGGAAGAAAACAAAAUCCACAGAAAAGAAUAUAUUUAACAGAAAAAGAUAAUAAUUCUAUAUUCAUAAAAUGGAGAAGAUUAAUGAAGAAAACAAAAUGUUGGCUCUCAUUCCUGCCACAGUCUGUGAUACAACAGCAAUUUAUAAGGAAACUACACCAAUUCUUCCCCAAAUAUUACAUACACAAAACACAAAGAAAACAGAAGAACAGGAAAGAAAGACACAAAGAAAUCUAAAGAACAGGAAAAGUCCAUGUUACCAAGUUUCCUUCAUAUUGUGACAUGUUACCGAACACUAAUCAAAACAGACCACAUCAAUACGUUUAUAGAUUAUGUAAAGGUUAAAUGUAAUCACAUGGACUCUCUGGGUUUAGAUGGAUCUCGAAUUUUACGUAAUAUCAAAUGUAAAAUGCCAAGAUUUCUGGAAAUUGCAGAACAAAAUAAUGAUUUUGUUCACCAAAACCUUGAUUGGUUUCAACAAAGACUCUUUGACAUUUAUGUCACCUGUAACCCAUACAACCACAAGACCAUUGAACCACCAAAAGUAAUCACAAAAUUUCGUCCUCUUCGGCCAGUUGUGACCAGAGAAGUAGAGAUUGAGGAAUCUGGUGAAGACUUAAGCAACCCAAUAUCCAAUAUUGUUGUCAUACAAGGGGGUAUUGUAACAUUCCCACUACUGUAUGACAAUAUGUUGUAUAACAAGAGUCGGCAACAGAAAUGAAGUUCAUUGCUCAUCUUCUGUCACUGAUUUUACCAGAAUCAGUCAAGACACAGUCCUGGCCACCCUCCCAUUUCGAAAAAUGAUUCUUAUUAUCAACCCUUUAAGUUUUGAAAUCAAAAGAAUUCAGCUAGGAUUAAUCUUGGUUUCUUAUUUGGAACAUUCCACGCUUAUAGGUGUAGAAAUGUUUGGUCAGACCAUAUACAUCAUUGACUGGGAAGAGAAUAGAAUAAAAUACGAAUUCAUAACGAAAGAAACCCUUCAGAUAUUGCUGUAGGAGCACAAAAUAAACUCUUAGUAUCCUUUUCCAAUAUUAACAGGGUUACCUGUUACAAUGUGGAUGGCCAGCAGUUAUUUGAGGUGGAUACCAAUUCCCUGGACAUUCCAAGCCACAUCUCUGUGUACCAAAACCAUUUUUAUGUCCUUCAGGGACAUAUUAUUUAUCGGAUUUCAGGUACAGGUGCUGUGACAACAAGAGAAAUUGGCAUGAAAUGCCGCCAUAUUUCUGUUGGCAAAGAAAACAUUUUUGUAACCGAUUAUUUUGAUGUCCUUCAUAUCAUUGGAACAAAUGAAGACUUUUGGCCCAGGCAGUCACAUAACCCCCAGCUAUGGACCCCAACAUUGAACAACUAUAUUUAUAUUGAGGAUUGCUACAACAUUACAAAUAUUCUACCUAUGUCUACAUCUUCUAUAUUAAUAAUUUACAAAAACAAGAAAGCUAAAUUAUUCACUGAACGGGGAA